CACAUUUUCCCUUUUGCCUUCCUUUCCUUUUCGUUACUUUCCCUCACGGCGCUGGCCCAUACCUUCGCCACUCGCCAUUCGCCGCAAUGCUGCUACCCGCUCUCGCCAUCAUCCACUACACCCACCCCAUCCUCCUCUCCCUCCCACUUCCAUUCCUUCUUACCCCCUCCUCUCCCCAGUCCCGUCCUCCUCCUGGUCUCGUGCCCAUAACCGUCCAACGUAUAUCCCCUCGUCGAACAUUCAUCCUUACCCUCCUAGCGCUUCUUGCAUUUACAUCAUUCUUAGACGUCAUUAUCCUUGUAGCGAAUGCCCUAUCCGCUCGGACCCGGUAUGGCGAUGAUCUGCCUCUCUAUCUCACUGGUGCACAGCUGGGCGGGGAGAUUGCGUAUUCUCUAGGCGGCCUGGUGGCUUGGGGCGUAGCGUUAAUAGCUUGUUCGUGGAGGAACAGGUUUUCAAGUGGCUUGGCGGUCUUUGCUUCGUUGGGUAUCAUCGGGGAGAUUGUUAACCUCAUAUGGCUUGUGAAAAGGGAAGUGCAUACUGGCAACUCUGAGAAGCUCUUCGCUAUCCUCUCGCUUAUACCGAGUUCUUCACGUCUCCUCAUACUGCCUUUGCUCUUCCUGGCCACCCUCUCCCCAAGGGUGUCUUAUGAGCCCGCUAGUGAGCGUUCCGGACUCCUUGAUGCCGAUUCUGCUACGAACGGCCGUUUGCUGGAACCCGGCACGGCAAGUGCGUAUGGGACCUUUGCUACCGGCACCACUACUCCCGCGAAUCCUCCCCAGGCUGAGGAGCAGACUGAACAGCAACGUCAAGAAGAACGAGCGAAGCAAAAGAAGAUCAAGCUUACCAAGGCGUUGGGGUCGAGGCGGCAGCCGAAAAAGGUCCUUUCAUGGAGUGAGGGAUGGCCAAAAUUCAAAAAAUUGAUACCCACCCUUUGGCCGUCCACAGAUAAGAAGCUCCAAGUUUACGUGAUCAUCACAGCGAUACUUAUCCUGAUCCAACGUUUCUUAAAUCCUCUCUCGCCUAUCACCCUUGGUUGGCUUGUUCAGGCAUUGUCGAGCUGGCAGCAUCGUAGCGAUGUUUGGAAAGCUUUGGGUGCAUACCUCGCAGUGAGAAUGGUGAAUAGUUAUGACUUUAUCAGUAUCGCGCAACAAUACUUUUGGAUUCCCGUCGUCCAAUACACCGACAGAGAAAUGCAGAUGGUCUGCUUCAACCACCUCCUCGAUCUUUCUCUUUCGUACCAUACCCGGCGAAACACGGGUGAGGUGAUGCGUAUCAUCGAUAGAGGUUCAGCUAUCAAUGAGCUUUUCCGCACAAUCCUAUUCAGUGUUGUGCCAACCUUGUCUGACACUGUCAUUGGCUUCUCAGUCUUCAUUUGGCUAUUCGGCCCUUGGAUCACGUUUGGGAUCCUUGCUGUCAUGAUCCCAUACUGCGUUUUCUCCAUUUUGGCCACCAGAUACAGCCAAAAAUUCAGGCGAGAGUACGUUGACACCGACGUCCGACAACGAGGCAUUGUAUCCGACGUUUUGACCAACUGGGAAAGCGUAAAGUACUUUACCUCUGAACAUCGCGAAGUGGCCCGUUUUGAAGAGGCUGUCAACGAGGUGAUGAAAGUCGAUUACCAGUGGCGUAUGGGUCUUCAAGUCAUUUACGCAGUUCAAAGUUUACUGCUUGUUACAGCUUUUGCUGUCGGUGCGAUAUUCCUCUCGGUCAAGAUCAUGCACGGACAAGCAACCGCCGCGACAUUCGUUGUGUACAUCACCUACUUUGGACAGUUUACGCAACCGCUCAACCAGUUGAGUUCGCUUUAUAAGACUAUCAGUUCAGAUAUCAUCGAUGCCGAGAAGUUGCUGAGCCUGUUGGGGGAAACGACGGAGAUCAAGGACGAUCCUGAUGCCAAAGAAAUGGUGGUCACUGAUGGUGUCAUUGAGUUUGACAAUGUCACAUUUUCCUAUGACGGCACCAAGGAUGCUAUCAAAAAUGUCUCCUUCAAGUUGGAGAAAGGUCAGUCUCUGGCAUUAGUAGGCCAGACUGGUUCAGGCAAAUCUACCAUCCUCCGUCUCCUCUAUCGCUUUUACGACAUUACAUCUGGUCAUAUCUACAUUGACGGCCAAGACAUCUCUAAAGUGACACAAGAAUCACUUCGCAAAGCCAUCGGGAUUGUGCCUCAGGACUCGGUACUUUGGAACGACACCAUCGGAGCUAACAUUGCAUACGGCAAGCCUGAUGCGAGUGACGAGGAGAUCAUUGAGGCAGCAAAGGCUGGAAGGAUACAUGAUAAAGUCAUGACAUUUGAAGAUCAGUAUGAUACGAUUGUGGGGGAAAGAGGAGUGCGAUUGUCGGGUGGAGAGAAGCAGAGAGUUAGUCUCGCUAGAAUGUUUUUGAAAUCGCCACUUAUCCUCGUCUUGGACGAAGCAACCAGUGCACUUGAUACAGAGACAGAGCGUGAAAUCCAAAAGUCACUUUCGAAACUUGCUGAAGGUCGCACAAGUCUUUCUAUUGCCCACCGACUUUCAACAAUCAUCAAUUCCGACAAGAUCAUGGUUAUGAAGGAAGGGCAAAUCCUCGAGAUAGGAGGUUACAAGGAGUUGAUCGACAAGAAUGGUGCUUUUGCUAGAAUGUGGAAGAGACAGAUUUACACUGAAGCCGAGCUCCUUGAAGGCGACGCCAUAGACAAAUUUGCGAGCGCCUUACCUACGGCUGAUGACUUUAAAGCUUUCAGAAAAGAAGAGUAUGGGGAAGAGAAGCCUCAAAAUGGCGGGGGUGACAAUAGCGAACAAACUGUUGCCGCUACUUCAAACUCCAAUGGGGAGUUGAAGGACCAAGAUGACCAGCAAGAAGGAACCAAAUCUACUGGCGAGCCGGUAGAUAAACGAGGGUACAAAGUAGAUUCCCCCACUCCUGCGGAUCAACCUGGAGCACAAAGUUUUGCAGAGAUUGUCAAGUCUGAGCCUCAUGAAGGAAAAGACAUGCCAUCUACUUACGCUGAAGCUGCCGCUGAACCUUCGCAGCCCGAAGAAACAAAUGAUAAGGACAGGCAACCCGUGUCCAGCGAAGUUGGCGAAUCUGUUACAGAGUCGGUGCCGAGCAUACCUGAACCUUCUGCGCCAAGCAUUGGGGACCAUAAUGCCCCUGCCACACCCAAAACUGUACCCUUCCCAUCCGUCUAUGACUCUCGACGUGCGUCAUACCCUGCUGCCCAAGGUACACCUGUUCAUCGACUAUCUACUUUCUCCACGCUAUCCGCUUCGCCCUCAGUCUCCAGCAUUUCUCGUGCAUCGCCGUCAUCUGUCAAGUCUGAUGCGGUCUCCGGUGAUAGCAGUAAACAAGACACACCCGGUGCAUCCACUAACAAGGAAGAUAAAAGGCGAAAGCGCUUGAGCUCCAUCAAGGGAUUUGUUCGACGUAUAAGCGAUCAAGGCGGAUUGACAAGGAGUCCCAGUGGCUUGAAGAGCCCAAAACCUGAGCGUGGUAAGGGGCUAAACAUCGAUGAGGGACUCGUUCCCGAUAAUGGUGCAGCAGGGGAUGAGGUUAUUGAUGAAAGGACUGCCCUUUUACAAGGUCAAGACCCUGUACGAGCUGCCGAAACUCUUCCUGCUCCCGCUGGAGGCCAAGCUUCUGAGCAGGUUGGGCUAGCGGAACAGGCUCUGGCUCCUCCCACGUCACUGCCCGCUUCCAUCAAGAGUCAUGGUGGAGGCAAUUCGAGAAAGGAGAAGAAGAAAAAGAAGAACAGGCGUUAAUAGACAGGCAUGAUAGCCUUUAGAGGACGGAGAUGACGUUUGCGGACAGAUUCAUGGGGUCUGUGGUUGAUAGAAAAGUAGUAAAAAACCGCCAUGGAAUGGCGCUCCCUGAUCUUUCUAGCAACUCGAGUGAAAUCGCAACACGCGGCCUGUAUCAUUCUAUUGAAAUACCGGUCUACAGACACUGUGUUAUUAAUCUUCCCUUGUUCAUAUCAAAUAUCAAUGUGUUAUAUCUACCCAUGCAUAU